AUGACGCAAAGAGUAGUGUCGAUCCCGCCUCUGAAUGAAUUUAGACUAGAGCUAGACGUAAACGAGGAGCUGAGUAUAAGACUGGUUGAGGGCAGAGCAGAGCUUAACGGCUGUGAGCUUAGUCUUGAGAAAUCGUUGGCACUCAAGGACGAAUUAAAGUGCUCGAUCUACACGUGGACUGGCUGUAAGCUUGAAAUUACCGGUCAGAGUCUCGUCGAGUACACGUCCAAUGAGACUCCGCUUAUCACGUACUUGAAUCUACACUUGGCUUUCGAGCAGCAGCGUAUUAAGGCUAGAAAUACCCAAAGUGAUUUCAAGCCCUCCCCAGAAAAACCCAAUGAGCGACUACCUGGAUAUGUAAACGCUGUAGAUGCUUCCAGUUCGGGAUAUCGAGUUAUGGUCAUUGGACAGGAAGACAGUGGCAAGUCGACAUUAUCCAAGACGCUACUCAACUACGCUGCAAGAACAGGCAAAGGUUGGACACCGAUCUUUGUGAAUCUCGAUCCAUCUGAUGGUGGUCCACUUCCUCCUGGAACUCUAUCUGCCACUGCAUACUCAACAUCCACUCAAACAACAUCACCUGUGAAUGCAUUUGGUUCUUGUUCCACUUCUGGUGCAGCCCUAGACAACUCUGCUGCCCUUAUACCACAGGCUUUGCCAUAUGCACACGCAUCUCCCGCCCGAAAUCCAAAAGUAUACAAGAUUUUACUUGAGGCUCUUGCCCGGAGGCUGGAUAUGCGUUUGGAGAGAGACGCCAAAGCUCGAUCGUCUGGUGUUUUUAUCGACACUCCAGCUGCUUUCACCUCUGCGAAUAUCGGCUCAGACGAUAAAAACAGCAAGUACGACUUGAUCAAGCAUGCUCUACAUGCUUUCAGAGUGGAUGUUUUACUUGUUAUUGGUCAUGAAAAACUUUAUAUUGAGAUGCAAAGACUGUUAAAGUCGCUGGAUGCGAACAUUGCACAGAAUAUCAAGAUACUUAAAGUACCAAAAUCUGGUGGCGCUGUCGAAACAGACGACGCGUACAGGUCGCGCAUACAAGCAGCUCAAAUCAAGUCAUUCUUCUACGGGAACAUGUCAAAUAUUUCAGAUGAGCAAUUGUCACCUCAAUCAAUGACAAUAAAGAUAGAUAAUCUUAAAGUAUUCAAAAUCACAGAGGAUAAAGUUGCACCUUCUUCUGCUCUACCGAUUGGUGCAAGUAGAGUUUUGGAGAAUACGCAACUUGAGAGGGUAAACUUUGAAAGUUCUUCGCAGUUGCUUACGCUUGUUCAUUCACUACUCUAUCUCGUAAAAUGGCCAGAUAGUAAUAAUGUAUUGAAUAAGCAUGCCAAGGAAUUUGAAGGUGAUAUUGAUAGUAAGGACCUCAUACGUGCAGACUUGGUUGGAUUUUUAAUUGUCACUGCUAUCGAUAGCGCAAAGCGUACGAUCACGGUACUUGCACCAUCUCCUGGAAGAUUGCCCUCACUAAAUGCAGUUUUUGGUUCAUUCGAAUGGCAAGACACUUAA